CCUGUUAGUUUGAUUGUAGCAGGCUAACGGCAAAGGACAUUUACCACAAGUCAGCAACAGCCAGCCAGCAAAAGAAGAUGAAUAGAAUUAUUUUAAGCAUCUUUGCGGUCACCGUGUGCUUUGCUGUUGGCCAUACCCUUGAGUGUUACAAAUGUGACCUUGGUUUGUGGGACCUGUGCUAUACCACAAAGACUACAUGUACUGAUGGGGACUUGUGCUACAGUGGAAAGGGUGAAGCAGCCAAAUUUGUGAAGAUCGGGAAAAAGGGAUGCUUGGCAAGAGCCAAGUGCAACAUGACGGAAAGCAUCAACUGGCCAAAAAACUCCAGUAGCGCCAUCUACACGAUCACCAAUACCUGCUGUGACACGGACCUGUGCAAUGCUGCCCCCGGCCUGCCCCGUGUUGGCACUCUGCCCCUCGCCAUCGCCACCCUCCUCACUGUCAUUACUGCCAGGGCCAUGGUGUGAGACACCACACACACACGCACACACACACACACACACACAAACACACACACACACACACACACACAUACACACACACACACACACACACAAACACACACACACAUACACACCUACAGAAUAAACACACAUGUGCUAAUAUACACAGACCCCCCUAAAUCCAACUGCACACAACCGCUCACAGGAUACGGUAUUCAGACAUGACCUUAUACACAACAUUGUGAAUUGUUCAUCCUACUCACACACAACUUAGCUGGGGAACACAUAUACCUGAGGGGUAUUCCAAGUACAUGGUUUAGUGACAGACCUGGGUAAGUCCACAGAGUAAGUGGGAAGCUUCCUAAUAGAGGAGCCCUAUGGCUUCAUCCUCCAUGCAAAAUAAUAAAGCCAUUCAUGAAGCCCUUACUCUGAGUUUACUCAGGUUUGUCACUAAACUACAUACUUGGAAUGCCCCCGGUUUCUCCAUCACAAUCAAAAGCUUAUGUCUUAUAAAAAAAGGUUUGGAAUGCUUUCAGAGACCUGUCUGCAGAUGUAUACAUCAUCCUAACACUCAAUAGGUAAUCAAUUAGCAUCAUCCUAACACUCAAUAGGUAAUCAAUUAGCAUCUUCGGUUUCUGUGGGUGUUAACCUUAGUUUCCUGCUUCCGUUUUCUCUCUUUUUGUUUUAACCCACUGGAAAAGGGCUUUAAGAAAACCAGGACAAACAUUUGAACCAUGUAGUUCUGUCUCAGACAUCAAUACGAGAUAAGUAUUGCAAUGUCUUCUUUGAAAAACGCCUCCUAUCAUACAAUCAUGCCAUUAAAAAGCAAUGUUCCACCGAUUGGAGUUCAAAAGUUUCCUGAGUUCAGAUCAUGUCAAUAGAAAAUGAUCAUUCUUAUAUAUAGAUGUACGUUUUUCUUGUACUACGGUGAUCUAUUAAAGCCAUGCAUUUAGCCCAAAAGCUCUGAUAACCAAAACACAUGCUCAGAUAGGCUUCAAUGUGAUUUCAGUGUUUUAGCCACUUCGAAGCUUUCUUAACUGUCUCCACACAACUUACUUUUGUGUCGCCAUGUUGAUGUCAUCUCAUUUAGGGGCAUGUCUCUACAUGACAUAUCGCUGUUUUUGUAGAAAAUAUUUUGAUUUUUAUCCUUUAAUGUGCCACUGAAUGGUGAUUUAAAUGAUUUCAACUUAAAGCAUUUCAAAUGCAGCAUUUGUAUUAAUGAUAUGUUGCCAAAUGUUGUAAAGCCCUUUGUCCACUGAAAUUUCAAAGUCCUAAUUCCAAAAGAUAUCUGUUGUAGAGCCAACCAUGUAUAUAAAUUCCCCAAAUUUAAUAAGAAAGACCUAAAAAUGUUAUAUUUCAAUGUCAAUCAAUCAGCUUCAACAAGUUUUUCUUGUAAGUACACUGAAUGCUCUUAAUCCAUUGGGUCUUGUUUUGCACUGUAGACUAAUUCUGCAUAGUCUGGCCUCCAGUCGUUCAGUGAUAUUCCACUUUGAAUUUGCUCAUAUCAUAGAUUUCUUACGAUGGAAAUAAUAGAUUUCUUCUGCUUUGGAAAUAUCAUUUAUGAAAUUGUCAUGCCAAUAAAUAUCGUAAAAAUCAUUGAAUUGAACUCAAAUUCAUUUGAUCAUUUGAUCAUUGGACUGUUGGUCAAGUGUAAGAUUUACAGACCAUCAGUCGUGGAGAAGAACCGGCUCCUUUACCCAAACGACCUGAACGCAGCUCGUUAGGGCACACAAGCCUGAAUUAAUCUAUUCGUUCACUCGAAGAGGUUGAGCAGGUUUUCCAGGGGCACUUUGUACUCAUUGAUUGAACUUGGGAAGGGAGUUGCUUUGCUUCAGUUGAUGUCAGCUAUGUGGUAACAGCUUGACUGAUAAAGCACAACUCACCAUGUUUUACCCUUUAUUAUGUUAAAAUUUCUAUUUUUAAUUAUUCUUUUUAAUUGUUGACAUAAGUUCUGGCAUGUGAUUGUAGGAUGUGUUUGUACAACAGGGUGUGUCUAGAACUGAAUAAAAUAAUAAAGACAA